CCUCGGGCUUGACAGGCAGCACAGGGAAGGACGCUGCAGCCGGCAGGACAGAGCUGGGCCAGGGCGACCAACUGCUGUUGAGCAUGGUCGUGGCUUCCAGCCGAACUGCUCUAAAGAUCAAGCUUUUGCCAUCUUUUUCCUAUGAUGGCCAGAGUUUCCUGUCCUAAGAGAGAGUGUCAAAGAAAACCUCAAAGUCUGGAGAAAAAUGACUUUUCAAGGAAUACAAAGUCGAUGUCCUGCUAUGUGUUUUUGUCUCACUAACUUCUGGUAACUGAGACGCAUGGCCUUGGGCCUGCAGACAGUCCAUUGAUUAGCAGACUCCUCAUCAUGCAUCAGCUAUUCAGACUGGUCUUGGGACAAAAAGAUCUUUCACGAGCCGGCGACCUCUUCUCCUUAGAUGACUCUGAGAUUGAAGACAGCCUGACAGAAGCUUUGGAGCAAAUUAAAAUAAUAAGCUCAUCAUCAGAUUACCAAACCAAUAACAAUGACCAGGCAGUGGUUGAAAUCUGUAUCACUCGAAUUACAACAGCCAUCAGAGAGACAGAGUCAAUUGAAAAGCAUGCAAAGGCCCUUGUGGGGCUCUGGGAUUCCUGCUUGGAACACAACCUGAAACCCUCUGGGAGAGACGAAGACACUCCUCAUGCAAAAAUCGCAUCUGAUAUCAUGAGUUGCAUUUUACAGAAUUACAACCGGCCCCCUGUGAUGGCAUUAGCCAUCCCCAUUGCAGUGAAGUUCCUCCACAGGGGCAACAAGGAACUGUGCAGGAAUAUGUCCAACUACCUGUCCCUGGCUGCGAUCACCAAGGCGGACCUCCUGGCCGAUCACACAGAGGUUAUUGUAAAGAGCAUACUCCAAGGUGCUGCACAGAUGGGUCCACGUUCCCAGGGAAAUCACGGUGUCGGCAACCAGUCUGUUUUCCUCUCCACCCACCACAAGCACAAUGGACUGAUAGGUAAUGUCAUGUUGUUGAGGGUGUUACCUGCUGUGUAUGAUAAGCAGCCUCAGCCAAUUAACAGACACCUGACAGAACUCCUAGCCUUGAUGUCUCAGCUGGAACAACCAGAACAGUACCAUCUUCUACGGCUUUUGCACGUAGCUGCAAAGAGGAAGCAACCAGAGGUGGUUCAGAAGUGUAUUCCUUUCCUAAUCGAGCAUUUGAAGGAUUCAACCCAUAAUGACAUCAUCCUAAGCAUCCUCAUAGAGAUAGCAGGCUAUGAGCCAGUGGCUUUGAGCAGUUUUCUUCCAACACUGAGAGAAAUUGGUGAGAGAUUCCCCUACCUCAUUGGACAAAUGGCAAGAAUCUAUGGAGCUGUUGGACAUGUGGAUGAAGAGAGAGCCAGGAGCUGCCUGCCUUUCCUGGUGAGUCAGCUGGCCAACAUGGAGCACUCAUUCCACCACAUUCUCCUGCUGGAGAUUAAAAGCAUCACAGACACCUUCUCCUCCAUCCUGGGCCCUCAGAGCAGAGACAUCUUCCGCAUGAGCAACAGCUUCACUGCCAUCGCCAAGCUCCUGACCUGGCAGCUGGAAACCGCCAAGGCCAGAAGUGACAGGAGAAAAAAUGGCACUGAAAUUGCGUUUCCUGAGAAGCUGAAAGAAACCAAGCUCCCAGUAGAUGAAAAUGAAGACCAUGAAAAGCUCCAAGUUAAAAUACAGGCUUUUGAAGACAAAAUAAAUGCUGAGAGCAAUACCCCUGGCUCUAUCAGAAGAUACAGUUUGGACCAAGUUUCUAAGGAAGAAAGAAAAGACAUUAGGUUUAACAGGUCAAAGAGUUUGGCUUUGCACACUGUGCUAACGAGUGCCUUGAGUUCAGAGGAUAGGGAUGCUGUCGAGAGCGGAGAUACUCCAGCCAGCCUCUCUCUUUCAGAAAUAGACCCACUUGGCCUAGGAAAUGCCAGGUCACCCUGUAAGGCAGACACUGAUGGAUCACAGCUGGUAAAUUCUUCAGUUUCACACCCAAGUGUUACACAUUUAGAAUCUGAGACUUUGCCAGGAACAGUUAAAGAAAACUAUCAGGAAGAAACUCCAGGGACAACCGCAAGUCCUGUGGAAUACCAUGAUAAGCUCUACUUGCACUUAAAGGAAAACCUCAGCAAAGUGAAAGCGUAUGCUGUGGAAAUUGGAAAGAAGAUUCCAGUCCCGGACCAGUGCACCAUUGAAGAUUCUGUUAGAAGUUGUGUAGCAAAGCUGUUUUUCACCUGCUCCCUGAAGGGUCAUUACUGCCUCUACAGUAAAUCCAGUUUUAUUCUCAUCAGCCAAGAACCUCAGCCAUGGAUCCAGAUCAUGUUUCUAUUUCAGCAGAGUCUGUUGCCUGAGCCCCUGUCCAUACAGAGUCAUUCUGUGCAAUUCCUCAGUGCCCUGUGGGAGAAGACCCAGACAGAGGGUGCUCACAACUUUGAAACAGCCAUGAUGGAGUCCACAUUCCCGCAGCAGAAGGAUCUGGACCAGGUACAGCUCCAUCUGGAAGAAGUGAGGUUCUUUGACGUGUUUGGCUUCAGCGAAGCAGCAGGAGCGUGGCAAUGCUUCAUGUGCAACAACCCCGAGAAAGCAACAGUUGUAAAUCAAGAUGGCCAGCCUCUCAUAGAAGGAAAACUUAAAGAGAAGCAAGUCAGAUGGAAGUUCAUCAAAAGGUGGAAAACCCGUUAUUUUACACUGGCUGGAAAUCAACUUCUGUUUCAAAAAGGAAAGUCUAAAGACGACCCUGAUGACUCCCCAAUAGAACUCAGCAAAGUACAGAGUGUGAAAGUUGUGGCCAAGAAACGCAGGGACCGCUCUCUCCCUCGGGCUUUUGAAAUCUUCACAGACAAUAAAACCUAUGUGUUCAAGGCCAAGGAUGAGAAGAAUGCAGAAGAGUGGCUCCAAUGUAUCAACGUGGCAGUCGCCCAAGCAAAAGAGAGAGAAAGUAGGGAAGUAACCACAUAUCUGUAGGGAUUUACAAGCCGAUCUCACACCAGUUGUAUACAGUGGGCAUUGCACUAUCACUGCCAAUGUCACGGAAAAGAGAUUCAUUCACCACGUCAUGCUGUUCUUUACUCAUUACCAGUGGGAGAGUUUUCCCCAGGAAGCAGGACCUAAAAGUAACAGGACCCUGAGUACGUUUCAGAUCCUAAUGGCACUUGCGUUAACUGCAGAACAUCUGUGAGAGGCAUACUGGAAAAGGAGCUACAGGUGGUAUGGAACCAGAAACAGGAGGGUAGGGAUCUAGAAACUUCUGUAGAUAUGUCAUUGUACAUUGUAAGGAAACAGCUUUAAAAGGUAUCCGAACUGCCUCUCCUGAGGAAAGAUUAGGUACUUCUGAUGAAAAACGGUCUGUCAAAACUAUUAAAAGAGAAGAAACAAAAACAAAAACAAAACCCUACAAGGAAAAGUCAAAUUGAUGGACACUGAGGAAAACCACCUUCUGACAGAUAAAUAAUUACAUUUAUCCUCUCCUAAUACCAAUGAGAAUAACAUGUGGUAAAAUGGUUCUCAUUAAGCCAAUUAUGUAAUUAAGCGUCUGUCCUUUAGAACUCCUUAUUUGAGUAUUUGAGUAUUCCUUUCAGGUUCAUAUAAUAUGAUUUAAAGUUUAGAUACUUGGAAGUAUCUCCUGCCCAAGGCAGUAAGUGUGAGCUUAAAUAAGUGUAGAAAACCAUUUUCUCCAUCUUCAAAAUAUGUGCUGAUUCCAUUACUUUGAGAUUUUUAAGUUCUAUACUUUUCUUCUUUGUAUUCAACAUUUUAAUACCUCCAAAUUACAAACAUUUACUGUUUUUUGCCAUGACCCAUAAUUUUUUAAAAAAAUUAAGCUGUGGUAGGCAGAAUUCUAGGAUGACUCCCAAUAACUCCCAAUGACCGUAGUGUAACUUCCUCCUCCUGAAUGUGGUGGGACCUGUAACUUGCUUUUGACUAAUAGAAUGUGGCAAAAGGGAUAGGAUAGUCUCUCCCAUGAGUGUGUUACACUACAUGGCAAUGGUGAAGAAAUUUUGCAGAUGUAAUUAAGGUCCUUAACCAGCUGACUUUGAGUUAAUUGAGAGGAAAUGAGCCUGUGUGGGUCUGAUGUAAUCAACUGAGCCCUUGGAAAGAGGGUGAACAAGUCAGAGACUCUCUCCCACUGGCCUUUAAUAAGCUGCCAUGAGUUCUACAGCUUCAAGGAAAUGAAUUUUGCCACAAGCAGUGAGCUUGAAAGGGAAUCCUGAGACUCAAAUAAGAGCCUAGCCCCAGCCGCACCUUGAUUGUAGCUUUGCGACACUCUGAACGGAGGACCCAGCUAAGCUAUGCUUGGACUCCUGACCCACGGAAACUUUGAGAUAAUAAAUACAUGCUGUUUUAAGCUGCUAA